AUGGCGAGGAAAAAAAGCAAACAGCAAGGAGUCGGGAGCAAGGAGCUGGUGGCCGUACAACAGAACAUAUCGAAGAGCCCCGUAUCUCCCGGAGAUGCAGCUGGCGGUGGUGGCGGAGAUGCAGGGCUGGAGAGACUGGCCGCCAGGGCGAACCAGGUAACGUUUAGCUAGCCGCAAACAUAACUAGUGGGCUAACUAAAAGGUUUGCUAACCUACCAAUCAGUUAGGGCCAUCCUGUAUUUCUGCUAAUUCCUUGAUUUAUUUUUUGAUGGCUGAUUGGGGAUUCUAGCUAGUUAAGUUGCAUAACUAAUUAGUGUUCCAGGGUUGUAUUUUUGUUCAUUUACUAUUUCUGGUCGGGGCGUAGUGAUAUCUAGCUCCACUUACAUUUUACAUUUUAGUCAUUUUAGCAGACGCUCUUAUCCAGAGCGAUUUACAGGUUAGUUGCUUAAUAAAUAAUUCAAACUCAGCCAGUGUUGUAAAUUGUGCAACCUAUAAAUAAAAGACCCAUUCACAUUAGUUUUAGCCAACAAGGCUAGCUAGCUAGCUAACGACAUCCAGUCUGCAUUUGCUGGUAGUAGUUAGUGUCAGGCGCAAGAUUGACAUUGUUGCCACAGACACGUCGUAAAAUGUUGCCUAUCGAAUUUGUAUCUAGCUUGUUAGCGCCUAGCCCGCGGUGGUAUUGCAAGUUUGCUGACAUUCAAUCUCACUUGGCAGCUAGUACACAAUAUACUGUGCACCGGUACUGUAACUACAUGUGCUAGCUAGUUGACUAACAAACUACAUCCCGGGGAUAUUUACCUGGCUAGCUGUAAAUAGUGUUAACGUUUAGCUAGCACCAUGCAUGGCUUGCUUUGUGAAGUUUGCACUUUGCAAACGUGUGCACUUUCUCUGCACACAUUUCUACUCUCAAGUGUCAUAUGCAUGCGUCGAAGUUUUUACAUAAACGUUACAUGGACGCCCUUGUAGGUGUAUGGGGUUUUGUGGUAAACAAAGUUUACUGUACCAGAAGACCACUAGCUUGUGUGGACCUGGGCCACAUUAAAUCACUACAUACUAACCACUGUGUUUUGUAAGAAACCACUGUGCAUGUGGCAAGCUGCCUCCAUGGUCAACUUUUGCUUCCUCUUUGCAAUACAGAUGUUGUUGUGAUCAUUGUCAACAUGGUGAGAUCUUACUCGUGAAAUUCUAAUCUCUGUGUUAAAAAUCUGACCUUUGAUCAGUGUCCAGGGGGCAACUUCAUCAUACUCCAUGUCCAUCUCACUAACAUCCACCUCUCCUCAGAUCCCAUCCUCUUCUCCACCCCUAAUCUUAUUGACCAAAAAAAGUCCCGUCUCCCCCAUCUUCCACCAACCCCACUUCCUCAAGCACCAUGCCAGCACAUCAAAAGCUAUGCGCGCACCACCAUACCUAGAGCUACACCGCCCACAGUCAGACGUCAUAUCACCCCACCCCACUUUCGACCCACCAACCAUCUCUUCUGCACACACCACCACGCUCCUCUCGUCUUCUUGGUCCAGCCCACAUCCUCUCUUCUCUCCCCAACCUCCUCUCUCUCCUCAUCCUCCUCCCUCUCCUCCUCUUCUCUCCCCCACUCCUCUCUCUUCCCUACUCCCCAUCCUCCUCCUCUCUUCUCUCCCCCAUCCUCCUCUCUUCUCUCCCCCAUCAUCCUCUCUUCUCUCCCCCAUCCCCAUCCUCUCUUCUCGUCCUUCACCUAGAUGAUUGACCUCCUCUCUCCUCCUCUCUUCCUGUCCUUCACCGAAACUCAGCAAAAAAAGAAACAUCCCUUUUCAGGACCCUGUCUUUCAAAGAUAAUUUGUAAAAUCCAAAUAACUUCACAGAUUUUAAUUGUAAAGGGUUUAAACACUGUUUCCCAUGCUUGUUCAAUGAACCAUAAACAAUUAAUGAACAUGCACCUGUGGAACGGUCGUUAAGCCACUAACAGCUUACAGACGGUUGCAAUUUAAGGUCACAGUUAUGAAAAUUUAGGACACUAAAGAGGCCUUUCUACUGACUCUGAAAAACACCAAAAGAAAGGUGCCAAGGGUCCCUGCUCAUCUGCGUGAACGUGCCUUAGGCAUGCUGCAAGGAGGCAUGAGGACUGCAGAUGUGGCCAGGGCAAUAAAUUGCAAUGUCCGUACUGUGAGACGCCUAAAACAGCGCUACAGGGAGACAGGACGGACAGCUGAUCGUCCUCAUAGUGGCAGACCACGUGUAACAACACCUGCACAGGAUCGGUACAUCCGAACAUCACACCUGCGGGACAGGUACUGGAUGGCAACAACAACUGCCCGAGUUACACCAGGAACGCACAAUCCCUCCAUCAGUGCUCAGACUGUCCGCAAUAGGCUGAGAGAGGCUGGACUGAGGGCUUGUAGGCCUAUUGUAAGGCAGGUCCUCACCAGACAUCACCGGCAACAACGUUGCCUAUGGGCACAAACCCACCGUCGCUGGACCAGACAGGACUGGCAAAAAGUGCUCUUCACUGACGAGUCACGGUUUUGUCUCACCAGGGGUGAUGGUCGGAUUCGUGUUUAUCAUCUAAGGAAUGAGCGUUACACCGAGGCCUGUACUCUGGUGCGGGAUCGAUUUGGAGGUGGAGGGUCCGUCAUGGUCUGGGGCGUUGUGUCACAGCAUCAUCGGACUGAGCUUGUUGUCAUUGCAGGCAAUCUCAACGCUGUGCGUUACAGGGAACACAUCCUCCUCCCUCAUGUGGUACCCUUCCUGCAGGCUCAUCCUGACAUGACCCUCCAGCAUGAAAAUGACACCAGCCAUACUGCUCGAUCUGUGCGUGAUUUCCUGCAAGACAGGAAUGUCAGUGUUCUGCCAUGGCCAGCGAAGAUCCCAUUCUCAAUCCCAUUGAGCACGUCUGGGACCUGUUGGAUCGGAGGGUGAAGGCUAGGGCCAUUCCCCACAGAAAUGUCAGGGAACUUGCAGGUGCCUUGGUGGAAGAGUGGGGUAACAUCUCACAGCAAGAACUGGCAAAUCUGGUGCAGUCCAUGAGGAGGAGAUGCACUGCAGUACUUAAUGCAGCUGGUGGCCACACCAGAUACUGACAGUUACUUUUGAUUUUGACCCCCCCCCCCCCCCCCCUUUGUUCAGGGACACAUUAUUCAAUUUCUGUUAGUCACAUGUCUGUGGAACUUGUUCAGUUUAUGUCUCAGUUGUUGAAUCUUGUUAUGUUCAUACAAAUAUUUACACAUGUUAAGUUUGCUGAAAAUAAACGCAGUUGACAGUGAGAGGACGCUUCUUUUUUUGCUGAGUUUAGAUGAUUGACCUCUCUCUCCUCCUCUCUUCCUGUCCUUCACCUAGAUGAUUGACCUCUCUCCUCUCUUCCUGUCCUUCACCUAGAUGAUUGACCUCUCUUCCUGUCCUUCACCUAGAUGAUUGACCUCUCUUCUCUCUUCCUGUCCUUCACCUAGAUGAUUGACCUCUCUUCCUGUCCUUCACCUAGAUGAUUGACCUCUCUUCCUGUCCUUCACCUAGAUGAUUGACCUCUCUCUCCUCCUCUCCGCUCCAUUCCUAAUGUUACUGACUCACCUCUCUGUCGCUCUCCCCCAGCCGAUGCACACCUGCUGCCUCCUGUGUCAUCGUGAGUUUAAGGACUGGGGGGCGAGCUCUGACAACGGUCUGCCUGGGGGCCACGGGGCGAAGCUAGCCGAUGCUGUCCCAGCCCUGUCCCAGGCCCUGCUCAGAGAGGUGCCGGGCCGGAAGCUGUCCGACACCGUGCCUUCACUGAGCCAGUCUCUACUGGGAGAGGUGCCGCUAUGGAUCUGCCAGAGCUGCCGGAAGAGCGUUGAGGAAGAGGAGAGACAGAGCGCACAGGAAACGUCUGCACCGGUAAGAGGGGGAGGGAGGAGGUAGGGGAGAGACGGAGCGCCCAGGAGACGCCCGCACUGGUAGGAGGGGAAGGAAAGUAGGGGAGUGGAAAAGAGAGGAGAAGAGCGAGAAGAGCGCCCAGGAGACUUCUGCACUGCUGAAUAUUACAAGACCAUGCAACUCAAGCUAUCCCAGUAUUAGCACUAACUACAGUUACAUGAAUACCCAUGUUACAGCUCGCUAGCUAUGGGCUGUGUGCUACAAUAGGGCGUAUGUCUGGUCACCUCAUCCACCAACAAGCUGAAAGGCACUGGAUUUGGUGAUGAUGAAACCUGCACCAUUCUCCAACUGUGGAUGGAUACAGGCAGCUUCAGUACUGUUAUCCUGUGGCUGUUUAUGUGGUGCUUCAGUGGUCCAUUCUGCAUGGCUAAAUGAAUACCACAUCUAAGGAUCCUGACAUCGUAAGAUUAGUCUCUUCUAAAGCUGUUUGUUCUCUGUCGGACUUGGCCUUCUCUCGUCACAAGCAGAGGUCCGCUGAGGUAGACUUAUUCAUGUGGAUUCAGCACAAGAACUGUUCGUCGGGAGCUUCAUGAAAUGGGUUUUUCCAUGGCCGAGCAGCCACACACAUGCCUAAGAUCACCAUGCGCAAUGCCAAGCGUCAGCUGGAGUGGUGUAAAGCUCACCGCCAUUGGACUCUGGAGCAGUGGAAAGUGAUAAAUCACGCUUCACCAAUUUUGGGGAAGGCCCUUUCCUGUUUCAGCAUGACAAUGCCGCCGUGCACAAGGUGAGGUCUAUACAGAAUGGUUUGUUGAGAUCGGUGUGGAAGAACUUGACUGGCCUGCACAGCCCUGACCUCAACCCCUUCGAACACCUUUGGGAUGAAUUGGAACGUCGACCGCGAGCCAGGCCUAAUCGCCCAACAUCAGUGCCCGACCUCACUAAUGCUCUUGUGGCUGAAUGGAAGCAAGUCCCCGCAGCAAUGUUCCAACAUCUAGUGGAAAGCCUUCCCAGAAGAGUGGAGGCUGUUAUAGCAGCAAAGGGGGGACCAACUCCAUAUUAAUGCCCAUGAUUUUGGAAUGAGAUGUUCAGGUGUCCACAUACUUUUGGUCAUGGAGUGUAACUAGUCUUGUCAGAGCCAGACCGGCCCAUAGGGUGGGAGUAGAGCUGGGAUGAUAAACCCAAAAUGAUUGACACUGAUUUAUCACAGGCAUUUUGUCUGAUAUCAUUCAUUAUGAUAAGUAGUUUACUAGAGAAAUGUGAAGUUUGAAAUCAACUGUGGAUCACAUUAUUCACAGGGCAGGAGUCUAUCUCCUGUUUCUGUAGAGUGAACCAGAACGGCCCAUAGGGCAGGAGACUAUCUCCUGUUUCUGUAGAGUGAACCAGAACGGCCCACAGGGCAGGAGACUAUCUCCUGUUUCUGCAGAGUGAACCAGAACGGCCCAUAGGGCAGGAGUCUACCUCCUGUUUCUGCAGAGUGAACCAGAACGGCCCACAGGGCAGGAGACUAUCUCCUGUUUCUGUAGAGUGAACCAGAACGGCCCACAGGGCAGGAGACUAUCUCCUGUUUCUGUAGAGUGAGGCAGCUUGAUGUACCAGUACAACCCUAGCCUAGACAGGACGCUAGUCUAUCGCAGGCGUCUUGGCAAGGUCAUGUAAAUGACAAGGAAAAAUGGGACCGUCUUGGUGAGGUCAGGAGAAACUCAGGGCUCUGCCUCUCAACCUGAGCUAAUGGCUUCUCUCCUGUCCGUAGUUAAAUGCUACGCACAUCCAGGAGACUGCUCAAGUGCUUAUUCAACUCCUCUCCUCUAUCCUCUAACUUUUACUCAGGUGUUUGCUGUAAAACAGAAUGUGUUCUGGUAAAACUAGAGUCAUUUGUAUUUAUUAUGGAUCCCCAUUAGUUCCUGCCAAGCCGGCAGCUACUCUUCCUGGGGUUUAUUAUGGAUCCCCAUUAGUUCCUGCCAAGGCAGCAGCUACUCUUCCUGGGGUCCAGCAACAUUAAGGCAGUUAUAUACCAUGGUAAUAUUUUAAAUGACAUUACAUUUCAUAACACUUUUCACAACAUAUUAAGUGUGUUCCCUCAGGCCACUACUCCACUAUCACAUAUCUACAAUACAGAAUCCAUGUGUAGGUGUGUGUAUGGAGUGCGUGUCUUAUGGUGUGUGUUUCUUCACAGUCCCCGCUGUUCCAUAAGGUGUAUUUUUAUCUGUUUUUUUAAUCUAAUUCUACUGCUUGCAUCAGUUACCUGAUGUGGAAUAGAGAUCCAUGUAGUCAUGGCUCUAUGUAGUACUGUGUGCCUCCCAUAGUCUGUUCUGGACUUGGGGACUGUGAAGAGACCUCCGGUGUCAUGUCUUGUGGGGUAUGCAUGGGUGUCCGAGCUGUGAGCUAGUAGUUUAAACAGACAGCUCGGUGCUUUCAACAUGUCAAUACCUCUCACAAACACAAGUAGUGAUGAAGUCAAUCUCUCCUCCACUUUGAGACAGGAGAGAUCGACAUGCAUAUUAUUAAUGUUAGCUCUCUGUGUACAUCCAAGGUCCAGCCGUGCUGCCCUGUUCUGAGCCAAUUGCAAUUUUCCUGAGUCCCUCUUUGUGGAACCUGACCACACGACUGAACAGUAGUCCAGGUGUAACAAAACUAGGGCCUGUAGGACCUGCCUUGUUGAUAGUGCUGUUAAGAAUGCAGAGCAGCGCUUUAUUAUGGACAGACUUCUCCCCAUCUUAGCUACUGUUGUAUUAAAAUGUUUUGAUCAGGACAGUUUACAAUCCAGGGUUACUCCAAGCAGUUUAGUCUCCUCAACUUGCUCAAUUUCCACAUUAUUUAUUACAAUAUUUAGUUGAGGUUUAGGGGUUAGUGAAUGAUUUGUCCCAAAUACAAUGCUUUUAGUUUUAGAAAUAUUUAGGACUAACUUAUUCCUUGCUACCCACUCUGAAACUAACUGCAGCUUUUUGUUAAGUGUUGCAGUGAUUUCACUGGCUGACGUGUAUAGUGUUGAGUUAUCCGCAUACAUCCGCAUACAUCGACACUCUGACUUUAUCCACAAUAUAGCAGGGGGUGUAAAGCCAUAACACAUACGUUUUUCCAGCAACAGACUAUGAUCAAUAAUGUCAAAAGCCGCACUGAAGUCUAACAAAACAGCCCCCACAAUGUUUUUAUCAUACAUUUCUCUCAGCCAAUCAUCAGUCAUUUGUGUAAGUGCUGUGCUUGUUGAAUGUCCUUCCCUAUAAGCGUGCUGAAAGUUUGUGUCAAUUUGUUUACUGUAAAAUAGCAUUGUAUCUGGUCAAACACCAUUUUUCCCAGAAGGUCACCAAGGGUUGGUAACAGGCUGAUUGGUCGGCUAUUUGAGCCAGUAAAGGGGGAUUUACUAUUCUUAGGUAGGGGAAUGACUUUUGCUUCCCUCUAAGCCUGAGGGAACACACAUUAUAGUAGGCUUAAAUUGAAGAUGUGGCAAAUAGGAGUGGCAAUAUCGUCCGCUAUUAUCCUCAGUAAUAAAGCUGUCAGACCCCGGUGGCUUAUCAUUGUUGAUAGACGACAAUAAUUUUUUUCACCUCUUCCACACUCACUUUACUGAAUUCAAAAUUACAACGCUUGUCUUUCAUAAUUUGGUCAGAUAUACUUGGAUGUGUAGUGUCAGCGUUUGUUGCUGGCAUGUCAUGCCUCAGUUUGCUAAUCUUGCCAAUGAAAAAAACAUUAAAGUAGUUGGCAAUAUCAGUGGGUUUUGUGAUGACUGAGCCAUCUGAUUUAAAUGAAUGCUCCAUUUAAGGUGCUCCAAAAGCGUUUUUACUAUAAUUUUUUAUGUCAUUUAUCUUUGUUUCAUAGUGUAGUUUCUUCUUCUUUUUAUUCAGUUUAGUCACAUGAUUUCUCAAUUUGCAGUACGUUUUGCCAACCGGUUGUGCAGCCAGACUUACUUGCCAUUCCUUUUGCCUCAUCCCUCUCAACCAGACCAUUUUUCAAUUCCUCAUCAAUCCACUGGGAUUACUUUUUUUUUUUUUUACAGUCAUUUUCUUAAUGGGUGCAUGCUUAUUAGUAAUUGAAAUAAGCAAUUUCAUAAAUGUGUCAAGUGCAGUGUCUGUUUGCUCCUCAUUACACACCACGGACCAACAUAUAUUAUCAAACAUGGGAAUCACUACAAAACUUAUUGUAUGACCUCUUAUACACUAUAUUAGGCCCAGCCUUUGGAACUUUGGUUUUCCUAGAUAUGGCUACUAUAUUGUGAUCACUACACCCGAUGGAUCUGGAUACUGCUUUCAAACAAAUUUCUGCAGCAUCAGUAAAGAUGUGAUCAAUACAUGUUGAUGAUUUCCUUCCUGUGCUGUUUGUAACCACCCUGAUAGGUUGACUGAUAACCUGAACCAGGUUUGCAGGCACUAGUUACAGUUUGAAUCUUUCUCUUGAGUGGGCAGCUUGCUGAAAGCCAGUCAAUAUUUAAAUCACCCAGAAAAAUACCUCUCUGUUUAUCACAUGCAUUAUCAUGCAUUUCACACACAUUAUCCAGAUACUGACUGUCAGCACUUGGUGGUCUAUAGCAGCUUCCCACCAGAAUGGGCUUUAGGUGAGGCAGAUGAACCUGUAGCCAUAUUACUUCAACAGUAUUUAACAUGAGAUCCUCUCUAAUCUUUACAGGAGUGUGGUUCUGAAUAUAAACAGUAGUGCGUUGCUUUGACCAGAGCCCUGUAGGCCUUGCUUUGGGCCCUGGUUAAAAGUAGUGUACUGUUUUUGACCCUGAACUAACAUCUCUUGUUUCUCCUGUGUCCUCCUCUCCCAGGUACCAGUCAGACGGCUCCAGUUAAUGUAAAUUUAAAACAUUGUCUUCCUCCAUUUCUGCUCUGUCUACAGCAUCAAAUGUUUAGUGGGGAAAAAGGCUGUACCUAUCAACCCUUGGCCUGAACCACCAUCUUCCCUUUCCCUCCGCCACCAGGUUCCGUUGUCCCACUCAUCGUCGUGUAAGGGCCCAGAGUUGUGAUAAAACCCGGUUACCCAGAGCAGAGCCCGUAGACUGGGACCCAUCCUCCUUCUCUCAGCCCACAAGCUUUCUGGUCUCUGGAAACUCAGGCUCACAAGCAACGGAUGGGUGCCACUGGCAACCACAGAACUGGGGGCCUUGCACCACAGCAAGGGGUUAACCCACUGCCUGCACGCACAGCAGGUACACACACCCCAUGACCUUGACCCCACACCUCUCUCUCUCUCUCUCUCUCUCUCUUCUCUCUCUGUCUGUUCUCUCUGCUCUCUGUCUCUCUGUCUCUCGGCCUCUCUCUAUAAAGGUGAAGUCGUACACAAAUGCAAACUAAUUUAGACAUUUUGUUAUUUGGCAUGUUUUCAAUUAAUUUACUUUAACGAAAUUGUAACAUUUGCAGACAUUUAACACUGACAAAAUUGAGGGAACUGUACUCGUGUGUAGCUAGCUACUGGCUACCUUGAAACAGCAACACAACAUGUUACUCCUCUGAGUAAAACGUUCUCCCUCCCCUCCCUCCUCUGGUCCAAUAGGAACAGGGGGACCAACGUGUCACGAGAAGCGAGUCUCUCACGAGGCUCCUGGGAAAUCUGCUAAAACGCCUGGGGGCCAAGGUGUGCCCCCUACAGUCACCCUUCCCAGAAUUCCAGUGUCGUCCCCGGGAACCCGCUCUCUACCUCCGGGGGACCUCUGUAAGGCCACCCCCAAGCACUUCAAGACCAUGUGCCGACGACCAACUCCGCCUGGUGAGGUCUUUUUUUCUCACCCUUUUUAGGACACAGACAACUCAAGACAUACCGGCAUCUAACUCGAAUUACUGUUCACAUGUCCCAUUGACAAUAGUGCAUUAUUAAUGGAUACACACGUAGAACUCAAGGAAGGAUUGUGCCCAUAGAUUACACCUCUAGAGAGAAGCAGAGAUAUGGCCCAUAGAUUACACCUCUAGAUAUGGCCCAUAGAUUACACCUCUAGAUAUGGCCCAUAGCUUACACCAUCUAGAUAUGGCUCCAUAGUAUUGACACCUCUAGAUAUGGCCCAUAGGAUACACCAUCUAAUAUGGCCCAUAGAUUAACACCCUCUAGAUAUGGCCCCAUAGAUUACACCUCUAAGAUAUGGGCCCAUAGAUUACACCUCUAGAGAGAAGAUUACACCUCUUAGUAUGGCCCAUAGAUUACACCUCUAGAUAUGGCCCAUAGAUUACACCUCUAGAUAUGGCCCAUAGAUUACACCUCUAGAUAUGGCCCAUAGAUUACACCUCUAGAUAUGGCCCAUAGAUUACACCUCUAGAGAGAAGCAGAGAUAUGGCCCAUAGAUUACACCUCUAGAUAUGGCCCAUAGAUUACACCUCUAGAGAGAAGCAGAGAUAUGGCCCAUAGAUUACACCUCUAGAUAUGGCCCAUAGAUUACACCUCUAGAUAUGGCCCAUAGAUUACACCUCUAGAUAUGGCCCAUAGAUUACACCUCUAGAUAUGGCCCAUAGAUUACACCUCUAGAUAUGGCCCAUAGAUUACACCUCUAGAUAUGGCCCAUAGAUUACACCUCUAGAUAUGGCCCAUAGAUUACACCUCUAGAUAUGGCCCAUAGAUUACACCUCUAGAUAUGGCCCAUAGAUUACACCUCUAGAUAUGGCCCAUAGAUUACACCUCUAGAGAGAAGCAGAGAUCUGUAACCACUGGGAAUCACAACUAUGUUGUCCAAUAUUCCACUCAACACUUUUGUCUCUCCUCCAGGCGAAGCGUUCCCCCCACGCGACACCACCAACACUCGGACCGUCGGUCCCCCCCAACAGCCCCACUGGCCUCUCCUCCUCUCAGCAUUCCUCUCUCCUGCCCCUCAAGCAGAGCUCUGGAGGGCAGCAGCACGGCCAUGUCUCCUCCUCCUCCUCCUCCUCCUCCUCUCCCAGUCUAGCUGCUCCCGCUCCCUUCUCCCCGCUGGUACCAAACCUCCACGGCCCCCCGGCAGGGGCCAAGCUGGGUGGCCCUGACUGCCCAACAGGGGCCCUCCAUAAGCCCUUGGCCUGUAAGAACUCACACAUUCCUCCUGUGAACGGUCAGCACAGCAAACUGGGCCCCUCCCUGAUGGGCUGUAAUCACCCCUGCAACGGCCACAGUGGGGGGGCACUGCCCUCUUCCAACGUGGGACACCUGACCUCUGGGCAACACCUGACCUCUGGGCAACACCUGACCGCUGGGCAACACCUGACCGCUGGGCAACACCUGACCGCUGGGCAACACCUGACCGCUGGGCAACACCUGACCGCUGGGCAACACCUGACCGCUGGGCAACACCUGAGCGCUGGGCAACACCUGACCGCUGGCGCCUGCAGGUUGGUAGUUUGGUAGAUAGUUUCACAGGAAUCUGAUGGAGAAGAACAAUGUAGCUUCAUAAAAUGUAGUGAUAGAUACUGUCUAGUGAUGAGACGGGUCUGUCUAGUGAUGAGACGGGUCUAUCUAGUGAUGAGACGGGUCUGUCUAGUGAUGAGACGGGUCUAUCUAGUGAUGAGACGGGUCUAUCUAGUGAUGAGACGGGUCUGUCUAGUGAUGAGACGGGUCUGUCUAGUGAUGAGACGGGUCUAUCUAGUGAUGAGACGGGUCUGUCUAGUGAUGAGACGGGUCUGUCUAGUGAUGAGACGGGUCUGUCUAGUGGAUGAGACGGGUCUGUCUAGUGAUGAGACGGGUCUGUCUAGUGAUGAGACGGGUCUAUCUAGUGAUGGACGGUCUAUCUAGUGAUGAGACGGGUCUAUCUAGUGAUGAGACGGGUCUAUCUAGUGAUGAGACGGGGGGUCUAUCUAGUGAUGAGACGGGUCUGUCUAGUGAUGAGACGGGUCUAUCUAGUGAUUGAGACGGGUCUAUCUAGUGAUGAGACGGGUCUAUCUAGUGAUGAGACGGGUCUAUCUAGUGAUGAGACAGGUCUAUCUAGUGAUGAGACGGGUCUAUCUAGUGAUGAGACGGGUCUGUCUAGUGAUGAGACGGGUCUGUCUAGUGAUGAGACGGGUCUAUCUAGUGAUGAGACGGGUCUAUCUAGUGAUGAGACGGGUCUAUCUAGUGAUGAGACGGGUCUGUCUAGUGAUGAGACGGGUCUGUCUAGUGAUGAGACGGGUCUGUCUAGUGAUGAGACGGGUCUAUCUAGUGAUGAGACGGGUCUAUCUAGUGAUGAGACGGGUCUAUCUAGUGAUGAGACGGGUCUAUCUAGUGAUGAGUGUGCAGUAAUAGACUGCUUGGCUAGUAUAGGUAGUGUGAGUAAAGAUGGUUUCAUGGGAGAAAAACAACAACAGGUUUAUUAUAGAAUCUAGUAGGUAAGUACUUGAUUCAAGGUUUGUAUUCGAUUGCUAAUAAUCGAAUACAAGUACUGGAAAUGUCCAAACUAUUUAGCAGGUUAAAUUGAUAAGCACUGACUAAAUGUCAAACUCUAAGAUGUGCUUAUUGUUUGGGGAAGUAUUGCCCAAAUGCGGUGACAUUUUUUUUCAAUUUAAGUUGUAAAUUACAGCACCAUUUCACGGUAACAUGCGAGGACUUUAAAUGAUUUGCAUGAGAUACUGGAACACAGACAUUGUUUCAGAUGGCCUCCCCUAGAAUCUAGUGAUAGGACAUGGUCGUGGUUCUGUCUGUCAUCACAUGGUUUCUCUCUGUCACUGUCUGUCCAUCUGUCUGUGCUACCUGUUGUCCCCAUCCUGUGUCCACUGUCUGUACAUCUGUCUGUGCUACCUGUUGUCCCCAUCCUGUCUGUCCAUCUGUCUGUGCUACCUGUUGUCCCCGUCCUGUCUCCAUGCUCCAGGGACCAGGCGUGUAAAGGACACAAGCUGUCUAACGGGGCGGGGGGGUUGUGUCACCCCCCGUCGGAGCUGGACGAGGGAGAGGAUGAGGACUCUAGUUCUGAGAGGAGCUCCUGUGCUUCCUCAUCAAACAACCAGAAGGAUGGGAAGUACUGUGACUGCUGCUACUGUGAGUUCUUCGGACACAACGCGGUAUGUACAGGAGGGGGGGGGGGGGGGGGGGGCGGUGGUAUGUACAGGAGGGGGGGGGGGGGCGGUAUGUACAGGAGUGAUGGGGGGGGAAAAGCCAUACAUAUCGGAUAUGAUUUUUGACGAUAUAUUGCAAUAUUAUUUUGGACAAUAUCACAAUAUUAUUUUUGCGCUAGUCGGCUCUACUUACACCAAAACUCCGGGAUUUUUCCUUAAUAGCUUCUCUUCUCCUUCUCCUCUUCUUCUUCUUCUCUGUUCUCCAGCUUCUUUUUAAAAAGGGAGCGUCUGUUUCCACAACUGAUCAGAACUACACUGCUCAAAAAAAUAAAGGGAACACUUAAACAACACAAUGUAACUCCAAGUCAAUCACACUUCUGUGAAAUCAAACUGUCCACUUAGGAAGCAACACUGAUUGACAAUACAUUUCACAUGCUGUUGUGCAAAUGGAAUAGAUAACAGGUGGAAAUUAUAGGCAAUUAGCAAGACACCCCCAAUAAAGGAGUGGUUCUGCAGGUGGUGACCACAGACCACUUCUCAGUUCCUAUGCUUCCUGGCUGAUGUUUUGGUCACUUUUGAAUGCUGGCGGUGCUUUCACUCUAGUGGUAGCAUGAGACGGAGUCUACAACCCACACAAGUGGCUCAGGUAGUGCAGCUCAUCCAGGAUGGCACAUCAAUGCGAGCUGUGGCAAGAAGGUUUGCUGUGUCUGUCAGCGUAGUGUCCAGAGCAUGGAGGCGCUACCAGGAGACAGGCCAGUACAUCAGGAGACGUGGAGGAGGACGUAGGAGGGCAACAACCCAGCAGCAGGACUGCUACCUCUGCCUUUGUGCAAGGAGGAGCAGGAGGAGCACUGCCAGAGCCCUGCAAAAUGACCUCCAGCAGGCCACAAAUGUGCAUGUGUCUGCUCAAACGGUCAGAAACAGACUCCAUGAGGGUGGUAUGAGGGCCCGACGUCCACAGGUGGGGGUUGUGCUUACAGCCCAACACCGUGCAGGACGUUUGGCAUUUGCCAGAGAACACCAAGAUUGGCAAAUUCGCCACUGGUGCCCUGUGCUCUUCACAGAUGAAAGCAGGUUCACACUGAGCACAUGUGACAGACGUGACAGAGUCUGGAGACGCCGUGGAGAACGUUCUGCUGCCUGCAACAUCCUCCAGCAUGACCGGUUUGGCGGUGGGUCAGUCAUGGUGUGGGGUGGCAUUUCUUUGGGGGGGCCGCACAGCCCUCCAUGUGCUCGCCAGAGGUAGCCUGACUGCCAUUAGGUACCGAGAUGAGAUCCUCAGACCCCUUGUGAGACCAUAUGCUGGUGCGGUUGGCCCUGGGUUCCUCCUAAUGCAAGACAAUGCUAGACCUCAUGUGGCUGGAGUGUGUCAGCAGUUCCUGCAAGAGGAAGGCAUUGAUGCUAUGGACUGGCCCGCCCGUUCCCCAGACCUGAAUCCAAUUGAGGACAUCAUGUCUCGCUCCAUCCACCAACGCCACGUUGCACCACAGACUGUCCAGGAGUUGGCGGAUGCUUUAGUCCAGGUCUGGGAGGAGAUCCCUCAGGAGACCAUCCGCCACAUCAUCAGGAGCAUGCCCAGGCGUUGUAGGGAGGUCAUACAGGCACGUGGAGGCCACACACACUACUGAGCCUCAUUUUGACUUGUUUUAAGGACAUUACAUCAAAGUUGGAUCAGCCUGUAGUGUGGUUUUCCGCUUUAAUUUUGAGGGUGACUCCAAAUCCAGACCUCCAUGGGUCGAUAAAUUUGAUUUCCAUUGAUAAUUUUUGUGUGAUUUUGUUGUCAGCACAUUCAACUAUGUAAAGAAAAAAGUAUUUAUAAGAUUAUUUCAUUUAUUCAGAUCUAGGAUGUGUUAUUUUAGUGUUCCCUUUAUUUUUUUGAGCAGUGUAGUUUUAAUCAUGGCUCUCUCGACCUUCUGCAGCAGACAUGGGGCGGCCCUAGGGAAACCCUUCACAUCGUGAAAUAUAUAUUUCUGAAAACUACAAACCGUUCCAAAUCCAGAUUUUUUUUUUAAAUCACAGAUUUAUUUAUCAGAACCCGAGUUAUGAGCUUUUAAAGUUCACCAAAGCCAAAAAGUAAAAAACUGCUAAGAUUUGUUACGUUGUUUUCUAAUUCCGAUGAGGCAUGAGAGAAGAACUCCGCAGCUUGAUUUGUUUCAGAACAGAUUGUCAUGAGUUAUUAUUUAUAAAGCAGUAACUGCUGGUAUUGAUGCAUGAAAUACUCAUUACUAGAACUAAUGAUUACACUGUACAGUAAUAGAUAAAUAUACACUAUCGUUCAAAAGUUUGGGGUCACUUAGAAAUGUCCUUGUUUUUUAAAGAAAAUCAAAAAAUGUUGUCCAUUUUAAAAUAACAUCAAAUUGAUCAGAAAUACAGUGUAGACAUUGUUAAUGUUGUAAAUGGCUAUUGUAGCUGGAAACGGCAGAUUUUUUAAAUGGAAUAUCUACAUAGAGGUUUGAGAAACAGACGCCUCACAGGUCCUCAACUGGCAGCUUCAUUAAAUAGUACCCGCAAAACGCCAGUCUCAACGUCAACAAUGAAGAGGCGACUCUGGGAUGCUGACCUUCUAGACAGAGUUGCAGAUAAAAAGUCAUAUCUCAGACUGGCCAAUAAAAAUAAAAGAUUAAGAUGGGCAAAAGAACACAAACACUGGACUUUUUCUUUGCAACUCUGCCUAGAAGGUCAGCAUCCCGGAGUCGCCACUUCACAGUUGACGUGUUGCAAAGAGAUCUCUAACACAGAGAAACACAAACUACUAGGUUUUCAUUCUUACCUGAGCCGAGUGCCCCAUGGUGACAGCCACCUUGGAUCCGGUGCUGGGCACCAGAUCCACAAGCCUGCCCAUUCCCUUCACCAUCUAACCCUGAGGGGAAAAACAUGUUUCAGUGCUUUACCAGUCUUAUUUAUUUAGGUCCACAAUAAAGUCAAUUGUCACGGAGACCCAAAUGUUUUAAAACACAUACAUAAAGAAGGGGUUCUCUUCAAACCGCUUUCUCUCAUCUCCCUCUCUUUCAGUGAAUCAACAUUCACUUGUUAGCUAGCUAAUUUGUUUUGUGUGAUACAGGGAUGAAAAAUACCAUGGCUGGUGAAAUAGGCAGUGAAACAUUUAGGCUAGCGUUAACUAUAGCAGCCUGUAGCUCAGUUGGUAGAGCAUGGCGUUUGCGACGCCAGGGUUGUGGGUUCGAUUCCCACGGGGGGCCAGUAUGAAAAAUGUAUGCACUCACUUAACUGUAAGUCGCUCUGGAUAAGAGCGUCUGCUAAAAUGACUAAAAUGUAUUCAAUAGUACUGUGGCUAUAGCCUACCUUGAACAAUACUACAAAGUAGAGGCAGGUAGCGAAGGCCUGAUACUUGAUCAAGUCUAGCUAAUGCACUGUGUGACGGGCCAAAAACAUGAGUUGGAGCACUCGGCAAAAAAAAGUAGAUUGCUUUUCUUUUAGCUCACUGUAGUCCGUUGUACAGGAUGGGAUAGAGCUCACUGUAGUCCGUUGUACAGGAUGGGAUAGCGAUUCACGAGAUCUAGAUUUUUAUAAUACACUACUGUAGAAAUAAGCUGUGUUGUACAAUUAAUGGUCAAAUACACUGUGUUUAAAACAGUCUGCAAUAAUCUAAUGAAUUCAGAGCUUGUGAAAUUAUACCUAGGCUGAAUACAUGCCUUCCAAAACCAUAAGACCCACUAAUAAUGUAAUUAUUUUAUCAAAAUAGUUUUACCUGCUUUUUGUUGUUGUUGCAAUAAUCACUUAUCUGGCUUUCAAGUCUGGCUAUAACAUUUCCCUUUUUGUUCCAAAUUUAACCAGAACCAUGCAUAAUGCACAUUCACUAAUAAUGUAGCAGACAUUAUAGAAAAUGAACACCGGUCUCAUAAACUUUCUCCUAAACACAAGCCCACGUGCUAGUGAGUAGCCAGCUGAUCAAGCCCACGUCCUAGUGAGUGGCCAGCUAAUCUUCAUAUUUCAAGUUUAGCCAACUUGGAUCUGGGUAUAAUGUCACCAGCUCUGAAUUCAGCUAAAAAGGCAAACCAGUUGAAUUGUUAUGAACACAACCUUCUGUCCGUCUCCAACUGUUUGAACAGCAUGCUAGCCUGUCCACUUUGCUCAGAUGUUGAAAUCAAGAGGCCUGCCUUAUUUCACAGAAUGAGAACGAGUUGUCAAUUCCUUAUUGAAUCGUUUUAUGCUUAUUGCACAUUUUAUAAAAACACAGACUAAACAGCUAGUAUAACAAACUUUUAUUUGACAGAAAUUCUGCUAGCGAUACGUGGUACCAUAAUACGUGCGCGACAAACUGAGCAUACAUUUUCCAGAGUGAAUGUUCGUUGGUACAUCCGUUUUAGUAGCGUCUGCUCUGCUCUAAAUUUGAAGAGUUGAAACAUAAACAGGAUAUGGUUCUCCUCUAUUACGGUAAAUGUAAUGUCUCAAUGUGUUUUGGUGUCCAUAUGACCAAUUCUGUUGGACCAAACCUCAAAUGCAAAUAGCGAUUUGAAACCAUUUGUCAGAGUGGAAGAAAGUGGUCUCUCAUCUUUGUUGUUGUGAGUGUUAGGGGCUUGGGAGAAAGAGGAGAAGCGAGAGGUUUCACUCUCGGCUAAAUCUGUCCAAAAAGACAACAUGAGAAUAAACCGACAAACGCUCAUAAAAACGAAAAAUACAACAAAAAAAAAUAGAUUCUGCGAUACAGGCAUUUGGUAUAUCGCGCAAAAACAUAUAUAUUCAAAUGAAUUAAAUUAAUUUGAUAUAUUGCCCAGACCUAGGAUGUGAACAGGUGACUGACGUUUCGACGUCAAGCUGACGUCUUCCUCAGUGACCUGACCAUUGCACUUGGCUCCUAUUUCUAGCCUAGUGGCCAUUAUGACACAACAAUGCAAGAGAAGAACAAUGUUAAAUUAUCAAAAUACUACUAAGAGAUAGUGUCUGGUUAACCAAUAGGCCGUGUCAAAAUACACAUAAGUGAUAUUUGGGUCUCGUGUCAAAAUAUACAUAAGUGAUAUUUGGGUGUCUGUGAAUCAGGAGACACAGAGACCCAAAACAUCAAUGCUACAACAUUUAUAGAAACGAGGACAGUCAAACAUCAUCGCUUAGCCCCUUAGGAUCCACAGUGUCUAAGGAGUACUGCCCCUUAGGAUCCCCAGUGUCUAAGGAGUACUGCCCCUUAGGAUCCACAGUGUCUAAGGAGUACUGUCCCUUAGGAUGCACAGUGUCUAAGGAGUACUGCCCAUUAGGAUCCACAGGGUCUAAGGAGUACUGCCCCUUAGGAUCCACAGUGUCUAAGGAGUACUGCCCCUUAGGAUCCACAGUGUCUAAGGAGUACUGUCCAUUUAGGAUCCACAGUGUCUAAGGAGUACUGCCCCUUAGGAUCCACAGUGUCUAAGGAGUACUGCCCCUUAGGAUCCGCAGUGUCUAAGGAGUACUGCCCCGUAGGAUCCACAGUGUCUAAGGAGUACUGUCCAUUUAGGAUCCGCAGUGUCUAAGGAGUACUGCCCAUUAGGAUCCACAGUGUCUAAGGAGUACUGCCCCUUAGGAUCCGCAGUGUCUAAGGAGUACUGCCAGAAUGCCUCGUUUUAGUGUACGUACGAUGUCACCUCCUCUUGGUGAAAUGUGGACGUCUUCUAUGGUUACAAAGCGCAGGGAGGAAGGUGAGCCAUGGUUGGCUUCGAUGCAGUGGCGCAAAAUAUCAUAGUCUGUGUUUUUAUUUCGAAUAGCAAGCCUUAUGUUCUGCGGAGUUUCAAUGCCUGUUUAGUUUGACCAAUAGAAGCAGCCCCACAGAUGCAUUUGAGCAUGUAUAUGACGUGGUGUACUUAACUAGCUAACUAACUAGCUAACUAGCAUAACAUACCUUGCUUGUUCCUCGUUGAAGAUGCUGUCAUCUCCAUCCAUGAUGAGGUGACAGACGAUCAUAUAAAAUAAUCCUUGAUUAAACGGUGACCCAGAGCUGUCAGCUCAAAGUAAUGAAGAGUAACUCAAUGCAACAAGCAGCAUGGCUAUUUAUCUGAGAAGUCAGCUUCGACAUGAUUGAUUGACUAACUAGAAAGAGACUGGGUGGGCUACGAUGACAGGAGCCCAAUCCCCUGUGCACUCGUUCUCACCCCCCUCAAAGAUCAAAAGCAGUGGAUUGGUGUAACUGUUCUAUCCAAUACUUUUCCAUCUUUGAGGGGAACUGCCAGGGCUAGCAAAGAAAUGGGUUGCGGCUCAAAAUGACAGAUAAUGACAGCAAAUUAAAGAUAGGAUAUGAAUUGCUUUGCUACCUAAAAUCUAAAUAAUUCUGAACUGCUGAAAUUACUGCAAUACUGUUCAUAUAUUUAGUUGACUUUUCGUGUCAUUUUGACCAUCUGAUCAAGCAACAUCAGAAGUAAGUGUGAACCUCGUAUGAACGAUAGCGCCGGUGUACGGCAACUUGUAGACAAAAUGAAAAUCCGACCCACUUGACUCAUAACUACAUUGUUGAUUUGUAAAUUACAACAUUAUACUACUACAUGACUAACUAGCCAGCUAAUUAUUCUGUGUCUAAACCAGCCUGACUUUAUUGACUUGUAGCAUGUUAUCUUAAUAAUAAUAAUAAUAAAUAUAAUAUGCCAUUUAGCAGACGCUUUUAUCCAAAGCGACUUACAGUCAUGCGUGCAUACAUUUUUACGUAUGGGGUGGUCCCGGGGAUCGAACCCACUACCCUGGCGUUACAAGCGCCACGCUCUACCAGCUGAGCUACAGAGGGCCAAGUGAGCUGCGACACUCUCAGGGAAGUUUGAGCUAGCGUUUUCACAUUGAGCAUGCUAGCUAAUUACAAUAAAGAAAAGGUUUUAAAGUAUCCAAAACAACCAAAAUCACAAUUUCCACAAAAACAGAUUUGGCUUUAUCCCAACAGUGAGUCGGCGCAACAUCCGACGGGUUCUCGUAGGUCGCUUCACAAUAUGGUGAGUCAUACAGUGGGGAAAAAAAGUAUUUAGUCAGCCACCAAUUGUGCAAGUUCUCCCACUUAAAAAGAUGAGAGAGGCCUGUAAUUUUCAUCAUAGGUACACGUCAACAAAAUGAGAUUUUUUUCCCAGAAAAUCACAUUGUAGGAUUUUUAAUGAAUUUAUUUGCAAAUUAUGGUGGAAAAUAAGUAUUUGGUCAAUAACAAAAGUUUCUCAAUACUUUAUUAUAUACCCUUUGUUGGCAAUGACACAGGUCAAACGUUUUCUGUAAGUCUUCACAAGGUUUUCACACACUGUUGCUGGUAUUUUGGCCCAUUCCUCCAUGCAGAUCUCCUCUAGAGCAGUGAUGUUUUGGGGCUGUCGCUGGGCAACACGGACUUUCAACUCCCUCCAAAGAUUUUCUAUGGGGUUGAGAUCUGGAGACUGGCUAGGCCACUCCAGGACCUUGAAAUGCUUCUUACGAAGCCACUCCUUCGUUGCCCGGGCGGUGUGUUUGGGAUCAUUGUCAUGCUGAAAGACCCAGCCACGUUUCAUCUUCAAUGCCCUUGCUGAUGGAAGGAGGUUUUCACUCAAAAUCUCACAAUACAUGGCCCCAUUCAUUCUUUCCUUUACACGGAUCAGUCGUCCUGGUCCCUUUGCAGAAAAACAGCCCCAAAGCAUGAUGUUUCCACCCCCAUGCUUCACAGUAGGUAUGGUGUUCUUUGGAUGCAACUCAGCAUUCUUUGUCCUCCAAACACGGCGAGUUGAGUUUUUACCAAAAAGUUCUAUUUUGGUUUCAUCCGACCAUAUGACAUUCUCCCAAUCCUCUUCUGGAUCAUCCAAAUGCACACUAGCAAACUUCAGACGGGCCUGGACAUGUACUGGCUUAAGCAGGGGGACACGUCUGGCACUGCAGGAUUUGAGUCCCUGGCGGCGUAGUGUGUUACUGAUGGUAGGCUUUGUUACUUUGGUCCCAGCUCUCUGCAGGUCAUUCACUAGGUCCCCCCGUGUGGUUCUGGGAUUUUUGCUCACCGUUCUUGUGAUCAUUUUGACCCCACGGGGUGAGAUCUUGCGUGGAGCCCCAGAUCGAGGGAGAUUAUCAGUGGUCUUGUAUGUCUUCCAUUUCCUAAUAAUUGCUCCCACAGUUGAUUUUUUCAAACCAAGCUGCUUACCUAUUGCAGAUUCAGUCUUCCCAGCCUGGUGCAGGUCUACAAUUUUGUUUCUGGUGUCCUUUGACAGCUCUUUGGUCUUGGCCAUAGUGGAGUUUGGAGUGUGACUGUUUGAGGUUGUGGACAGGUGUCUUUUAUACUGAUAACAAGUUCAAACAGGUAACGAGUGGAGGACAGAGGAGCCUCUUAAAGAAGAAGUUACAGGUCUGUGAGAGCCAGAAAUAUUGCUUGUUUGUAGGUGACCAAAUACUUAUUUUCCACCAUAAUUUGCAAAUAAAUUCAUAAAAAAUCCUACAAUGUGAUCUGGAUUUUUUUUUUCUCAAUUUGUCUGUCAUAGUUGACGUGUACCUAUGAUGAAAAUUACAGGCCUCUCUCAUCUUUUUAAGUGGGAGAACUUGCACAAUUGGUGGCUGACUAAAUACUUUUUUUCCCCACUGUAUGUUUGGAACGUCGAACCGCAAUAAAAUCGCAGUCUCGAAUUGCAAGACGUAUAGAAUCGUGAGGUCCCUGGAAAUUCUCAGCCCUAAUGUAUAGUAUGGUACAAUUGGCUAAUUUAUUGAAAUAGCAUUAAAAGCAUGAACAAUAUAAACAGUGAGUAACAAAAGUAAUGUUUGACUUCUGCUCCUGUGAGUUCUUUGACACACUUUAGUAAUGGAUUGUAAUUGUAAUAGCAUUUAUGAGCACUUUUCACUUGGCCAUAUUGCGUUCAUGUUGGGGCCGAAUGUAAACCCAUUGGUUGUUAAAUGUGAAAUCAGGUGACCUGGGAGUGGUCUAGUGCGGUCUUAGCUGCCUCUGGAGCACAUGUAAGAUGUACUGCUGCCAGCAUGGGUUGGAAUCCCACCCACUGCUCUUUCAGCACUCUCUCUCCUACCUUUCAUCUUGGUCUCUCUCCAGCCAAUGAACAUACAACAACAAAAAGAGAAAUCAGAUUGUGGCUGGGUUUCAAUCCACCAAAUGCUCCCUCCCUUCUGCCGUUCCUUCCCCUGUAUCUGAGAUGACUGGAUAGUUUCUGCCGUGUUACGGUCUGUCCAGCCUUCUCAGAUGUCUGAAAGGGAGUGAACAAGGGCAAAGGAAGGGAGCAAGUUAUUGAAAUGAAAUGCAUCCUAUUGAAGGAAAUUCUCUCCUCUGAUCAUGUCCUCUCUUCCCUCCAGCCCCCGGCGGCUCCGACCAGCCGCAACUACACAGAGAUCCGUGAGAAGCUUCGGUCCCGUCUGACGCGUCGUAAGGAGGAGUGUCUUCCCCAGAGACGGGAGUCUGACCCGGCCGUGUCCACCUCCAUCGACCACCGAGACGUGGACGAGCUGAUGGACUUCAUCAACUCCUCAGAGCACAAACCGGCCAACAGUGCUAAGGCUGCCAAGCGGGCGCGACAUAAACAGAAGAAGAAGGUGAUGUCAAAUGACCUGGUGGGAAUACUGCAAUACAGAUCAGUUAAUACAUCUUUAACGGUUUGGUGUUUCUUUGGAACAUCUACAUGUGUAUUUGUGUAAGUAGUACGUAAUAUUUCUAGUAAUCGCCUGUUUCUGUAGUGAGACAGCUUGAUGUACAGUACACCCCCUGGACAGGACACUAGUCUAUCUCCUGUUUCUGUAGUGAGACAGUUUGAUGUACAGUACACCCCCUGGACAGGACACUAGUCUAUCUCCUGUUUCUGUAGUGAGACAGCUUGAUGUACCAGUACACCCCCUGGACAGGACACUAGUCUAUCUCCUGUUUCUGUAGUGAGACAGCUUGAUGUACCAGUACACCCCCUGGACAGGACACUAGUCUAUCUCCUGUUUCUGUAGUGACACAGCUUGAUGUACAGUUACACCCCCUGGACAGGACACUAGUCUAUCUCCUGUUUUCUGUAGUGAGACAGCUUGAUGUACAGUACACCCCCUGGACAGGACACUAGUCUAUCUCCUGUUUCUGUAGUGAGACAGCUUGAUGUACAGUACACCCCCUGGACAGGACACUAGUCUAUCUCCUGUUUCUGUAGUGAGACAGCUUGAUGUACCAGUACACCCCUGGACAGGACACUAGUCUAUCUCCUGUUUCUGUAGUGAGACAGCUUGAUGUACAGUACACCCCCUGGACAGGACACUAGUCUAUCUCCUGUUUCUGUAGUGAGACAGCUUGAUGUACAGUACACCCCCUGGACAGGACACUAGUCUAUCUCCUUUUCUGUAGUGAGACAGCUUGAUGUACCAGUACACCCCCUGGACAGGACACUAGUCUAUCUCCUGUUUCUGUGUGAGACGCUUGAUGUCGUACACCCCCUGGACCAGGACACUAGUCUAUCUCCUGUUUCUGUAGUGAGACAGCUUGAUGUACAGUACACCCCUGGACAGGACACUAGUCUAUCUCCUGUUUCUGUAGUGAGACAGCUUGAUGUACAGUACACCCCUGGACAGGACACUAGUCAUCUCCUGUUUCUGUAGUGAGACAGCUUGAUGUACGUCACCCCUGGACAGGACACUAGUCUAUCUCCUGUUUCUGUAGUGAGACAGCUUGAUGUACAGUCCAACCCCUGGACAGGACACUAGUCUAUCUCCUGUUUCUGUAGUGAGCAGCUUGAUGUACAGUCACACCCCCUGGACAGGACACUAGUCUAUCUCCUGUUUCUGUAGUGAGCAGCUUGAUGUACAGUACACCCCCUGGACAGGAACUAGUCUAUCUCCUGUUUCUGUAGUGAGACAGCUUGAUGUACAGUACACCCCUGACAGUGUCUACCCUGAGUGUUGUUACUAAUGCCUAAUAUGAAUUAUAAUGGAAAGUAACCACAUUUUCAUAGUUGUAAUUACAUGUAUUCUGUCUGUGUACUCGUCUGUCUGUCUAACCGCCUGUCUGUCUGUGUACUCGUCUGUCUGUCUAACCAUCUGUCUGUCUGUCUAACCGCCUGUCUGUCUGUCUAACGGCCUGUCUGUCUGUCUAACCGCCUGUCUGUCUGUCUAACCGCCUGUCUGUCUGUCUAACCGCCUGUCUGUCUGUCUAACCCUGUCUGUCUGUCUAACCGCCUGUCUGUCUGUCUAACCGCCUGUCGUCUGUCAACCGCCUGUUGUCUGUCUAACAGCCUGUCUGUCUGUCUAACCGCCGUCUGUUGUCUAACCGCCUGUCGUCUGUCUAACCGCCUGUCUGUCUGUUAACCGCCGUCUGUCUGUCUAACCGUCUGUCUAACUGCCUGUCUGUCUGUCUAACCGUCUGUCUAACGUCGUUGUCUGUCUAACUGCUGUCUGUCUGUCUAACUGCUGUCUGUCUGUCUAACCGCCUGUCUGUCUAUCUAACCUGUCUGUCGUCUGUCUAACCGUCUGUCUGUUGUCAACUGCUGUCUGUCUGUCUGUCUGUCUAACUGCCUGUCUGUUGUCUAACUGCUGUCGUCUGUCUAACUGCCUUCUGUCUGUCUAACUGCCUGUCUGUCUGUCUAACUGCCUGUCUGUCUGUCUAACUGCCUGUCUGUCUGUCUAACUGCCUGUCUGUCUGUCUAACUGCCUGUCUGUCUGUCUAACUGCCUGUCUGUCUGUCUAACUGCCUGUCUGUCUGUCUAACUGCCUGUCUGUCUGUCUAACUGCCUGUCUGUCUGUCUAACCGCCUGUCUGUCUGUCUACCAUCUGUCUGUCUGUCUAACCAUCUGUCUGUCUACCUAUCUGUCUGUCUAACCAUCUGUCUGUCUGUCUGUCUGUCUGUCUAACCACCUGUCUGUCUGUCUAGCUAUCCGUCUUCUGCUCUGUCUAACAUCAGUCUCUUCUUCCUAAAACCAUGGUGGGGUGACUCUAGCUACUCUAGCUGACCACCCAGCAGAAUGUGACAAGGAUCCGCUCUCUCUCCCCACCAGGAGAGGACGAGCAGACCACCAGGAGGGUGGAUGGUGAGGGAGGAAGGGGAGGACCCACCUCCCACAGGGAUGUCAGGAACCCAGACCACCCCAGCCAGGAGGAGGGGGAUGUGGACGGGGAGGAGGAUGAGGACCCAGACCUCCCCAGCCAGGAGGAGGGGGAUGUGGACGGGGAGGAGGGUGAGGACCCAGAGGCUAGUCGGCUGUUGGAGUGGCCUCAGCUGGAACUAGAGAGGGUCAACUCCUUCCUGACCUCUCGGCUAGAGGAGAUCAAAAACACCAUCAAGGUAAGGAUAGAUGCGUCCCAAAUGGCACCCUAUUAAUAGCAAGAAUUACAAAUGGCACUAAAUAGUGCACUACCCUAAAUCAUGCACUACCUUUGACCAGGGCCCAUGGGGAGAAUAUAGGGGACAGGGUGCCAUCUGGGACUCAAUUGAUCACUGUCCAUAGGGCACUAUAAAAUCGGUCAUGCUGAGAACGCGGACGAAAUUCAACAAUAUAAAAAAAUUGUAUUGAACUUAGUAGAAAAUGUAUUAAUUUACCCAAGAUUAUGACAUGAACAAAAUGCAUCAGUGAUUAGUAUUGUCCUUUAACUUUCUGAAGAGGCAACACAGGAAUGCCCCUUGAUGUACCAGUACACCCCCUGGACAGGACACUAGUCUAUCUCCUGUUUCUGUAGUGAGACAGCUUGAUGUACCAGUACACCCCCUGGACAGGACACUAGUCUAUCUCCUGUUUCUGUAGUGAGACAGCUUGAUGUACCAGUACACCCCCUGGACAGGACACUAGUCUAUCUCCUGUUUCUGUAGUGAGACAGCUUGAUGUACAGUACACCCCCUGGACAGGACACUAGUCUAUCUCCUGUUUCUGUAGUGAGACAGCUUGAUGUACCAGUACACCCCCUGGACAGGACACUAGUCUAUCUCCUGUUUCUGUAGUGAGACAGCUUGAUGUACAGUCCACCCCCUGGACAGGACACUAGUCUGUCUCCUGUUUCUGUAGUGAGGCAGCUUGAUGUACAGUACACCCCCUGGACAGGACACUAGUCUGUCUCCUGUUUCUGUAGUGAGACAGCAGGACACCCCCUGGACAGGACACUAGUCUAUCUCCUGUUUCUGUAGUGAGACAGCAGGACACCCCCUGGACAGGACACUAGUCUAUCUCCUGUUUCUGUAGUGAGACAGCUUGAUGUACAGUCCACCCCCUGGACAGGACACUAGUCUAUCUCCUGUUUCUGUAGUGAGACAGCUUGAUGUACCAGUACACCCCCUGGACAGGACACUAGUCUAUCUCCUGUUUCUGUAGUGAGACAGCUUGAUGUACAGUCCACCCCCUGGACAGGACACUAGUCUAUCUCCUGUUUCUGUAGUGAGACAGCUUGAUGUACAGUCCACCCCCUGGACAGGACACUUGUCUAUCUCCUGUUUCUCCUGUUUCUGUAGUGAGACAGCAGGACACCCCCUGGACAGGACACUAGUCUAUCUCCUGUUUCUGUAGUGAGACAGCAGGACACCCCCUGGACAGGACACUAGUCUAUCUCCUGUUUCUGUAGUGAGACAGCAGGACACCCCCUGGACAGGACACUAGUCUAUCUCCUGUUUCUGUAGUGAGACAGCAGGACACCCCCUGGACAGGACACUAGUCUAUCUCCUGUUUCUGUAGUGAGACAGCAGGACACCCCCUGGACAGGACACUAGUCUAUCUCCUGUUUCUGUAGUGAGACAGCAGGACACCCCCUGGACAGGACACUAGUCUAUCUCCUGUUUCUGUAGUGAGACAGCAGGACACCCCCUGGACAGGACACUAGUCUAUCUCCUGUUUCUGUAGUGAGACAGCAGGACACCCCCUGGACAGGACACUAGUCUAUCUCCUGUUUUUGUAGUGAGACAGCAGGACACCCCCUGGACAGGACACUAGUCUAUCUCCUGUUUCUGUAGUGAGACAGCAGGACACCCCCUGGACAGGACACUAGUCUAUGGCAGGGCCUAUUGUAUUGAUGUUUGUCUAGCUAUUUAUAUAUCGUAUCUUACAUAUUAUUAGUCACACAUUGUCUACUGCAGUGUUCGCCAACCUUUUCUGAUUUAAGAUCACUUUCUGGGAUCUACUGCUCUGAUGUAUUUAUUUAUACGUAAACCUACGCAACAUUAACCUAUUUAUUUAUACGGAAGCCUACGCAACAUUAACCUAUUUAUUUAUACGUAAACCUACGCAACAUUAACCUAUAUAUUUUCUAACCAGUUGUGUAGUAAUGAGGUUAGUGCAGUAGGCUAUGGGUUAGUGCAGUAGGCUAUGGGUUAGUGCAGUAGGCUAUGGGUUAGUGCAGUAGGCUAUGGGUUAGUGCAGUAGGCUAUGGGUUAGUGCAGUAGGCUAUGGGUUAGUGCAGUAGGCUAUGGGUUAGUGCAGUAGGCUAUGGGUCCAGGACGUUAUCACUGCAUAUUGGCUUUGCUUGAAUUGCCCUGCCAAUGUUGUUCUCAGACCAUUUAGAAAUUAUAUUUAUUUUUUAAUUGAGGCAACAGGUAGCUUAGUGGUUAAGAGCGUUGUGCCAGUAACCGAAAGGUCGCUGGUUCUAAUCCCUGAGCCGACUAGGUGAAAAAUCUGUUGAAACCCUGACUAAGGCAGGUUAGCUGUUUAUGAAACCCUGACUAAGGCAGGUUAGCUGUUUAUGAAACCCUGACUAAGGCAGGUUAGCUGUUUAUGAAACCCUGACUAAGGCAGGUUAGCUGUUUUAAUAAACUUAUUUCCGCUUUUCUUCUCUUUUCUAAAAUAAAAACGUUGACCUUUGACCUUGCAGGACUCUAUCCGGGCCUCGUUCUCCAUGUACGACCUCAACCUGGAUGUGAAUGACUUCCCUAAGAAGGCUGCUACUCUGGAGGGCAACCAUCUUCUCUCCCACCUCAACGGCUCCUCCUGCUCUGACCUGCAGCAGAUAGACCUAGACCUGGCCCCUCUCUCCCUGGGUACCUUCAAGAGUCAUCUGGACCUGGUCAAAGGCUGGGAGGAGGCCCAUCCCCGGGACCACUCCCCCAUCGGACCCAUCUCACCCCUGGCUAGUGCUACUGUACCUGGGGUAGGGGGACCAGGGGCUGCGGCUGGUACUGGGGUGAAGGAUGUUCACAGGCUCCACACCACCCCCAGCCUCUCCAAGCUGAUCCGGGUGCGCACCCCAGAGAGUUGCCCCUCUGCUAGGCCUGAGAAUAAACACCAGGCCCCUGCUUCGACCCAGACCCAGGCCUCCACCACGGUGGCUAAGCCUAAAGAGGAGGCCCCAGCGGAGCCCAACAACAUUACUCCUGGGGCUAAUGCUGGGGCUGGCAAGAACAUUACUCCCCCUACUCCUGGGGCUGGGGUUAAUGCUGGGGCUGGCAAGAACACUUCUACUCCUGGGGCUGGGGUUAAUGCUGGGGCUGGCAAGAACACUUCUACUCCUGGGGCUGGGGUUAAUGCUGGGGCUGGCAAGAACACUUCUACUCCUGGGGCUGGGGUUAAUGCUGGGGCUGGCAAGAACACUUCUACUCCUGGGGCUGGGGUUAAGGCAGCAGCAGCAGCAACGGCAGGACCAGCUACCUCCAGAACAGAACCAGACCAGACCCGGAUCCAAAGCAGCUGCAGAGUCUCAGAAAACUGGUUCCAACGCUGGUUCUGGUUCCAAACCACCACCUCACUCAGCUGAGAGCCAGAGAACCGGGCCAACGAGGGCAGAGGAGACCAGGCCCACCCGGCAGCAGGCCACCAACGGGACAGUGAGUAGCGGGGGUGCUCCCAGCGCCCAAAGAGGGAAGGGGGAGGAGCAAGAGGCCAAAGUUCACUCUGUCACCUCAGCCAAUCACAACCAAGCCCAGCAGCAGCAACCCAAGGGGAAGAAUAAAAAGAACAAGAACAAGGGGGAGAAAACCAGCCGCAACAUCGGUACGUUAGUUUAGAUAACCCUCGUUGACUGUCUCUUGUGUUAUACAUGUUGUAGGAUGGGAGACAUGUCAGGUACGUUAGUUUAGAUAACCCUCUAGUUGACUGUCUCUUGUGUUAUACAUGUUGUAGGAGGGGAGACAUGUCAGGUACGUUAGUUUAGAUAACCCUUGUUGACUGUCUCUUGUGUUAUACAUGUUGUAGGAUGGGAGACAUGUCAGGUACGUUAGUUUAGAUAACCCUCUAGUUGACUGUCUCUUGUGUUAUACAUGUUGUAGGAGGGGAGACAUGUCAGGUACGUUAGUUUAGAUAACCCUUGUUGACUGUCUCUUGUGUUAUACAUGUUGUAGGAGGGGAGACAUGUCAGGUACGUUAGUUUAGAUAACCCUCUAGUUGACUGUCUCUUGUGUUAUACAUGUUGUAGGAGGGGAGACAUGUCAGGUACGUUAGUUUAGAUAACCCUUGUUGACUGUCUCUUGUGUUAUACAUGUUGUAGGAGGGGAGACAUGUCAGGUACGUUAGUUUAGAUAACCCUCUAGUUGACUGUCUCUUGUGUUAUACAUGUUGUAGGAGGGGAGACAUGUCAGGUACGUUAGUUUAGAUAACCCUUGUUGACUGUCUCUUGUGUUAUACAUGUUGUAGGAGGGGAGACAUGUCAGGUACGUUAGUUUAGAUAACCCUCGAGUUGACUGUCUCUUGUGUUAUACAUGUUGUAGGAGGGGAGACAUGUCAGGUACGUUAGUUUAGAUAACCCUCGAGUUGACUGUCUCUUGUGUUAUACAUGUUGUAGGAGGGGAGACAUGUCAGGUACGUUAGUUUAGAUAACCCUCGAGUUGACUGUCUCUUGUGUUAUACAUGUUGUAGGAUGGGAGACAUGUCAGUGUGACUGAUAAAGCUACCAGUCAGCGUUAGCGUUCUUUGGUUGUGACGUUUCUGUCACGUUUCUUUCUUCCCCAGACGAUGUGUUUCUCCCUAAAGACGUAGACCCAAAAGAAAUGGAUGAGAUUGAUCGUGAGGUGGAGUACUUCAAAAGGUAACGCUCAGCCUCUGUGACAAUCCAAAACAUUUAGGGCCGCUUUACCAAACAGACAGAGAUUCUCCAAGACUAGACAUAGUCUCUGUCUGGGAAACUGGCCCUUGUUUGUUUUUUUUUUGCCCCCACCAGCCUCCUGUUCAUAGAACCAUAGAGUGAUAUUUCUCUCUCCCUCCAUCUCUCUCCCUCCAUCUCUCUCCUCUCUGUAGGUUUUGCCUUGACUCUGCUAAACAGACCCGCCAGAAGGUCGCAGUAAACUGGUCCAACUUCAGCCUCAAAAAGGUUCCUUCCAACGCAGCCCAGUAACUGACAGGUU